CUGUUGUUUUUUGUUUGUAAUUCAAUUUGCAUUAAAACAUAGUGAAUGAAUUUCACCGCCAGAAUGCCACCCAAUCAUCAGUUCAUGUUAAAUUCCCUACCCAUGGAGCCGGUAUCGCGCACCUAUCAAUAUCGCAAGAUAAUGAAACCAAUGUUGGAGCGUAAACGUCGUGCACGGAUUAACAAGUGUCUGGACGAGUUAAAGGAGUUAAUGACUGGAACACUGCAGGCGGACGGUGAAAAUGUUUCGAAAUUAGAAAAAGCCGACAUUCUCGAGCUAACCGUACGCCAUUUACAACGCUUGCGUGAGAAAAAUGCCCUCUAUGUACGACACAAUGACACAUUGAAUAUGGAAAAAUUUUGGGCUGGAUUUCAACAUUGUGCCGCCGAGGUGGCCCAGUAUUUAAAUAAAUUUGAUCAUCAGUUGGGUGGUGAUCUCAUUCAACACAUUACAAGUUAUGCACCAAAUAUAAAUGCUAUGGCCGUCAGCAGUCUGCAACCAAAUGUAGCAACACGUCUACCCUCAUCUGCCUAUUUGGCUAAUCGUGUAGUAACAGCAAAUUACCAAAGAUUACCGCUUAAUAAUAAGAAACCACUGAUUUCCAAUAUUUCACCUGCAAUUCCCAAUAGUGGUAAUAGCGAUGGUGUGAUGGUGGUUAGAGACGUUCACGAUAGUCCAAACUAUUCAACGGAACAUAUGGUGAAAAAAGAAUUAAUGGAUGAUCAUGAUCGUUCAGUGUGGAGACCAUGGUGA